AUGACCCCAGCGGCCCAACCGGGUCCCCUACCAUCUGUGUGGCCCUUGCUGCCCAACCGGCCUCCCUGCUGUCCCUGCAGCCCCAGCUGCCCCAUUGGCCCCCCUGCCGUCCCCACAGCCCCAACUACCCAGCCGGCCUCCUGCCAUCCCCAAUUGCCCAACCAGCCUCCCCGCCGUCCCUGCGGCCCUGCUGCCCAACCAUUCUCCAUGCCGUUCCCUCGCUGCCCAACCGGCCUCCCUGCUAUCCCCGGCUGCCCAACUAGCCUCGCCACCAUCCCCACAGCCCCAGCUGCCCAACUGGCCUCUCCGCCGUCCCCGCAGUCCAGGCUGCCCAACCGGCCUCCCUGCCACCCCCAGCUGCCCAACUGGCCUCUCCGCCGUCCCCGCAGUCCAGGCUGCCCAACCGACCUCCCCGCCCGGGGGGGCCCCCACCCCCAGCUGCCCAACUGGCCUCUCCGCUGUCCCCGCAGUCAAGGCUGCCCAACCGGCCUCCCCGCCACCCCCAGCUGCCCAACUGGCCUUCCCGCUGUCCACAUGGCUCCGGCUGCCCAACCAGCCUCCCCUCUGUCCCCGCGCCCCUUGCUGCCCAACCAUCCUCCCCGCCAUCCCCGCAGCUCUGGCUGCCCAACCAUCCUCCCCGCCAUCCCAGCAGGUGGCCAAUCCGGCUGCCCAACCAACCUCCCCAGCAUCCCCACAGCCCUGGCUGCCCAACUGGACUCCCCACCGUCCCCGCAGCACAGGCUACCCAACCGGCCUUCCCGCCAUUCACAGCUGCCCAACUGGCCUCCCCAUUGUCCCUUUGGCCCCAGCUGCCCAACCAGCCUUCACCAUCCCCUCAGCCCCACCCAUGCACAACAGCCCUCCCCGUGGCCCCAGCUGCCUAAACCAGCCCCCCGUUGUCCAUGUGGUCCCGGCUGCCCAACUGGCCUCCCACUGUCCUUGCGGCCCCAGCGUCCCAACCGGCUCCCCGCCAUCCCCGUGGCCCCAGCUACCCAACUGACCUCCCCACCAUCCUUGCGGCCCCCAGCAGCCCAACUGGCCUCCCCGCCAUCCCUGUGGCCCCCAGCUGCCCAACCGACCUCCCUGCCAUCCCCGGCUGCCCAAGCAGUCUCCCCGCCAUCCCCAACUGCCCAACCGGCAUCCCUGCCAUCCCUGGAUGCCCAACAGUGCUUCUUCAGACCAGGAAGUCUUUCUCCUUCUGGGGUAGGAAUUUCUCAUGCCUUUGAAACAGGCAGUUGCCUCGGCCGACUGCACAAAACGACGUUUCAGCUUCCAGGGAGUGGGCCCUGUCUUGCCUGGCCUGCUGUUGCAACACCUCAUAAGGGAUCUGUAUCACACGAGUGUGUUCUUCCCUGUCCCCCGCCUAUGCAUCUCUUCAUGGUAGUCGAGCCUUCUGCCGCCACUGAAGAGUUUUCCUAUCCAAGUCCACCUGCUGUUCUCUGGAACUUGGAUGUGUCUCAUAAAGCUCCCCACUAA